AUAGGAGAGUGAUGUCUCGAUGAUAAGCCACGAGGUGUGUAGUCGACUCGGGGGAGUUCUUUCUGAUUCAUCCGAUUCACGAGGCGAGCUUUAAGCUCUUGUCAGCGUCCGGAUACCGAGGUGAGGACAAGUCCUGUUGACGAGAGGUGUGAGAACCCGUCGACGAUGUCGAGCAUCCUCUGAUAUUCCGCCAGGAUCUCGAACCUCGCUGAUUGCGACGACUUAACGACUAACCCCGGGCCAAGCGAAAGAUAAGCAUUCUCCACCGAUUUCUCUUUCUUCCUGUUAUUUCAUCGUUGACAACGAGGGAUGUAACUCGGUAUCCAUAUGUCGUCCCAUUGUUUCGUACCGACUAAAAGGAUUGUAAACAUCAAGACGAAGCUUCGAGUGUUGAUUACCCCGAGGGGAUGAUGUGCUUUUCGUUACAAAUAUAAAAACAAAGUGAUGGUGAUAAUAAUUGUGUAAAUUAUGUACUUACAAUUAAAAAGAAUCGUAGAUUGAGAAGGUCUUAAAAGAUUGAUACAGUGAAUUUGUUAAGAGAAGGGCAAAGGAUCUUGUGUAUGCGGUUUAGAAGUUUGCAAGGAUGCAACAGCAACAUGAACAGAGACACGACAUCGCUGCCGAUUGUUGUUACCAACAAUGGGCCACGCAUCAUCCAGGUCAGCAUGGUCAGUCCAUCGCCAAUGUUCCAUCACCUAUGCAGCAGAUGGAAGCCUGUUUGCAAUCAGCAGGAAGAGCGAAACGAUCGCGUAGCCCUCCGAACUUACCAAAAACAUCGCUAACACCGCGUGUUACCAAUUCGUCGGUCUCUUCGACGGCUACCAUCGAAUCUCGCAACGACAGUAACAACAACAAUCAUCAUCACGGUGAUCAUCAUCCGAACGAGAAUGGCGGUAAUUCGUCGGAAGAAAUCAGUUCGAAAAGGCCUCUUCAUCCUGCUCUGGUCGGCGCUGGAGCCGCCCUCGAGGCGAAACCACUCUGGGAAGAAUUCCAUCAAUUAGGAACUGAAAUGAUCGUGACCAAAGCUGGUAGAAGAAUGUUUCCUACUUUUCAGUGUCGAUUUUUCGGCUUGGACCCCAAUACCGAUUAUUUGUUAGUGAUGGACUUCGUUCCCUGCGACGACAAAAGGUACAGAUACGCUUUCCAUAGCAGUGCCUGGGUGGUUGCCGGUCGCGCAGAUCCUGUCUCUCCCCCAAGGAUUCACGUUCACCCUGAUAGUCCUGCCAGCGGUGCACAUUGGAUGAAGCAGCCGGUUUCGUUCGACAAGUUGAAACUCACCAAUAAUCAACUCGAUGACAACGGGCAUAUAAUCUUAAACUCGAUGCACAGAUAUCAGCCACGUUGCCACGUGGUAGUGGCACCCUCGCCACCUGGUUCGGCCCCGGAUCCUCGCACAGAGAACUUCAAAACGUUCACCUUCCCUGAAACCCGGUUCACCGCGGUGACCGCCUACCAGAAUCAUCGCAUCACGCAGUUGAAGAUCGCCAGCAAUCCGUUUGCCAAAGGUUUCCGUGACUGCGAGUCGGACGAGUGCGAUUCGGUCGCUGUUUCCAGCAUGCAAAACCCUGCGAAAAGACCGGCCACGGGAAGUACCAGCGUGCUAUCGUCCAGCUACGUGAAUACCAUACCUGCCGUACAAAUUCCAAGCAUAUCGAGCCAGGAACACCAUCAAUUUUACGGUCCAACAGCAACGGGACCAUGGGCUUAUCCUGCGCACCAUGGACAACCAACUGCACACAUGAACUCCGUCCAUUAUCCUGCGCAUCCUCAUCAUCCUCAUCCGGGAGCUUCUUUAUACGGACCGCGAUAAUUCGAGUUUCUUUGUUUCCUGCGAAAAUUUAUGCGAACGUUUCAGUGGAGUUUCGUUUCCCUUUGUGAAUCGUGAUCGUGAUAAGAUAGGUACAUACUUGUAUGAUAGCAAGGUGUAUCUGAUCCGUUGAAGAGAAAAUUAACACCUUAUUAUCGAUAGACUUUUUAAAAAUUUUAAGAAAUUCCUUUCUUCUAUUGGUUUCAAAUAUGUUUGAAAUUGCAACUUGGUUCCGGGUGUUUUUACAUUCUCGAAGUAGGUGUAGGUUCCACUGAUGAGGUGUUAAAAUUUGAUACCAAAGGUAGCCUGAAACAACGUUUACCAAAGAGUAAGUAUUAUACGAAUUAAACGAGUCGUGCCUUACCAAAGACUAAAUCACAGGGAAUAUUUUCGAAAGUUAUACCAAAGAUGUCAAUUAAUCUUAAGUAUUUAGCAUAGAAUCAGUUAAAUUAUAUUCGUAUCUAACGCGUCGUUGUAAGUAGAAUUUUAAGAACAAUUUAUUAAAAAAGAAAUAUUUUUAUCGUGCUUCCUUUAACAGCAGAUCCUCCGAUAAAUGUUUACAUCGUUUAUUUAAAAGCUACGUGUUUUUGAUAAAUAGCUUCGAAUGAUAUUAAACUACUUAUGAUGAGGUGAGAAUUUAUCGGGGAAUCUCGUAACGAUGAAAAGGAAGAAAAGUUUUGUGUACCACCGUUGUACACGAUGAUCGAAUCGCGUGAUACAAAUCGGUUGGUGUCGUAGGUCCGUGGUUGAACGGUCGAAAAAGAAAGUGCCUUUUGUAGGAGCAAAGUGCAUCUAUUUAUACAGGGUGUCUGAAAUGCCAAACGAGCCUAAAACGUUCCCGAGCCAAGACGGGAAAAGUAAACGCACCGUGACAACCCAUGAGAGAGCUUGGCUACUAAGUGCCUUAAUAAAUUAUCCCCCAAGUAUCGUGUGCCAUUGUGUUUCGAAACUUUCCUCCCUAUUAAAACUUACGUUUCUCUCUGGAGAAUCUAACUAGUAUUAAGCAACUCAAGAGCGCUUCUAAUUACACAACUGUUGCUGUACGUAUUCAAAGAGAAAAAAAGAAAAAAACGAAAGAACGAAGGAGAACUUUGUGAAAUAAACGUGAACCUGAUGUCAAGUGCUACAGUUUAAAGUGUAACCUUUUAUACGACCUCUUAUGAACUUCCCGUUUCGUUUUCUUCCUUUCGCCUAGCAUUCCAGAAGUGAAAAUUAGCUCGAAACGAAAAUGAUCAAAUGUUAAGGAUCUUUUUCAUUAUCGAGCUUACAUCGUGCGCUGUCUCCGGGAUUUUUCGUAAGCAUGCAGUUAGAAACGACAAACUAAUGCCAACAAAGUGAAACGGCAUGGAACUCGAGCAGCCAAGCCUGUCGGUUCCUAAGCGUAGAAAAACGGAUGAACCGACGUGUCUCGUGAUUGAUGGCGACGCGAAGAACCUCGUUGUGUAAACAUAUUAUGAGCGUAUCCUUAAUGACUCUCGGUGGAACUAUCUUUCCUCGUGUAGGCAACGAAACGUUUUGCAGUCGCUCGCUAACUGCACUACAGAAAUAACAAAAGAAAGACGAGAUCAAAGGGGUUCGAGUAACCAUUCAUGUUGAAACUAGUUCUCUGCCAAUCUUGAUUUAAUACUCUAUAUCAGCCUUCACCUAUAAUUCCUCUGAAAAUGAUAAUCAAAUUUAACACUUGAUAGAUAAGAACCUAGAGAGAUUGAAAUUUCUGUCGAGUGCUUUGUCAAAGGGGAACGGAUUCAGUUUCAUGACGCUCAGCACGCGCCUACAAAGAAAGUGGAACUUUCUUUUAACCGACGGGUUGGCAAGGGCAAAGGUGGUGAAGAAGAGAAGAAGAAGAAGAAAUCUCGUGUUUCGAGGGAACCGGUGCGAGCUGCAGACUUUACGUCUAUAGAGAGACCGCGCUUAUCGGUGACGCGUGACGGCGCCGGCAAUAAAAAGCUGCCGUCGGCCUAUCUUCGCUCAUUCUUUCAUCUUCCUCGUAGGUGCCAGCCCUAUGAAAGUUAACCCCUCGACGGGGUUGAGUUGACUUUGCGCUGCUGGUGGCACCUCUGUUCGCGAGAAUCAGCUGUCCUCAAAGGGUUCGGGACCACGAAUACGUUAGCAAGUAAUGAGCGACGAGGGACGAGAAAAAUAUUUCAAUUAGCUAGUAAAUUCAACCUGAAAAUAUAUGGUACAAGUUAACUGGGAA